GCCACAGAAGGAGCUUUUUCUUCCCUCCUGGAUGGUGCUCGGAGCGGGGCUGGGCUGGGCUUGGAUGCGCUCUGUGGCAGCCUUGUCUCCGAGCUUUAAAUAUUCAUGCUUUUGAUUUCCUCUUAGCGGCCGGCGAGCGGGUAGCUCAGGGGCCGGAGUGAGCGGCUGGGGCAGAGGGCGGCUGUGCCGGACCGAGCAGGGCAGAGGGAGCUGGAUCCGGCCCCUGGAUGAAGACAAUGGGAUUUGCUGCCGGCCUGGUGCUGGAGUGGCAAGGGGCUUGAGGACCUGCAGGCUGGGGACAGAGCGUUCUGAACUCCCUGUGCCAGCGGCUCCCCGGGGGCACCGCUGCGGCCCCAUUUCCUCCCUGCUGCGGCGCGUUGCUCUUGGUCUGAGCGGAUCCGCUCAUCCUCGCUGACGCCGAUCGCGAUCGAUAGGCUGUGCCUGCGCCAGGCAGCCCCUGGUCCCGCUGCCCAGCGCCCCGGGCCCUGCUCUCCCUGCCAGCCAUGCCGGGCUGGUGUGGACCUGGCGUGGAGCUCAACCGAGGCUUCUGCUUGGGGGCAGCUUCCCGGGAGCUGCAGGCGCUCAGACUUUCCGUGGGGCCCCUGUGAGGUCCAGCUGGCUGCCUCCACCCCGCUGCCACUCUGGACAGGGCGGCCCUGGCCCUUCUCACCUCUCUCCGCCAUGGAUCUCCUGCAAAAGAGCAAAUACAGCCACCUGCGGAAUGAGUCUGUCUCCUCUCUGGAGGAGGCCGUGGGGGACCCGGGGGGCCCGUCCUCCCCUGUGGAGUCCCUUGCAAGCACGCAGUCUCUGCCUGGCUCCCUGUCUUCCUCCUGCUCCCUUGGCGCCGCGGCGCCUCUUGGGGAGCUCUUACCUGAGUCGGAGGACAGCCCUACCACCCUCUGCUCCUUCUUCCCCAAAAUGGCCAAUCUGAAGCUCUCCAAUCCUGCCAACCUGCUCAGCUUGCGGGGUUCUUCAGCUGGCAGCAUCCCAGGGGAACCCGGGACCCCUGGGUUGCUGGCAUCAGUGCCAGGGGGUGCUGCCAGCUCCGGCUCAGCAAGGCCUGUCACUGUCUGUUCCCAGGAUAUGAACAAGCUGAGCUGUGGGAAGAAGACGCGUGUGGAAGGCGGCCAGCUGGGGGGUGAUGAAUGGACCCGCCACGGCAGCUUUGUCAAUAAACCCACCCGUGGCUGGCUGCACCCUGAUGACAAGGUCAUGGGCCCCGGGGUCUCCUACCACGUCCGGUACAUGGGCUGUGUGGAAGUGCUCCAGUCCAUGAGGGCUCUGGAUUUCAACACCAGGACACAGGUCACCAGGGAGGCCAUUGGGUUGGUGUGUGAGGCUGUGCCCAGUGCCAAGGGAGCCGUGAGGAGGAGGAAGCCCUGUGGCCGCUCCCUGAACUCCAUCCUGGGCAAGAGCAACCUGAAGUUCGCUGGCAUGCCCAUCACCCUGACCAUCUCCACCAGCAGCCUCAACCUCAUGGCCUCAGACUGCAAGCAGAUCAUUGCCAACCACCACAUGCAGUCCAUAUCCUUCGCGUCUGGGGGAGACCCGGACACAGCUGAGUAUGUCGCCUAUGUUGCCAAAGACCCCGUCAAUCAGAGAGCCUGCCAUAUCCUGGAGUGUCCUGAGGGCUUGGCGCAGGACGUGAUCAGCACCAUCGGUCAGGCCUUCGAGCUGCGCUUCAAGCAGUACCUGAAGAACCCCCCAAAGCUGGUGACCCCUCAUGACAGGAUGGCAGGGUUUGAUGGCUCUGCCUGGGAUGAAGAAGAGGAGGAACCAGCCCCAGAUCACCAGUACUACAAUGACUUCCCUGGCAAGGAGCCUCCCAUUGGGGGGGUUGUGGACAUGCGGCUGCGGGAUGGGGCCGCUCAGACCCCGAAUCACUUGGGGGCCACGCUGCCUGUGGGCCAGUCCAGUGGGGAGCAUGACCCCCAGAAGCAGCACACUCCUGCCCAAGCAGGGAGAGAGAAAUACCCAGCUCCAGCGGGCACAUCUGGCCGCGUGGACCUGUUUGAUGACCCAUCCUACGUCAACGUGCAGAACGUGGACAAGACACGCCAGGCCCCAGCCACGGGCACCACAACCACAGCCAAUGGCAGCACUCAGAGGGACCUCUUCGACAUGAAGCCCUUUGAAGAUGCCCUGCGUGUACCCCCGUCUGUGCCCGUGGGGCUGCCUCCUGCUCAGGUGGUGGCCUCCAUGGAGGAGCAGCUGAGAAGAGAGCCCUGGUACCACGGGAAGAUGAACCGCAAAGAGGCCGAGAAGCUGCUGAAGGUGAACGGAGACUUCCUGGUGCGGGAGAGCACCACCACCCCGGGCCAGUACGUGUUGACUGGCCUGCAGGGUGGGCAGCCCAAGCAUCUGCUGCUUGUCGAUCCCGAGGGAGUGGUGCGGACGAAGGACCAUCGCUUCGAGAGCGUCAGCCACCUCAUCAGCUACCACAUGGACAAUCACCUGCCCAUCAUCUCAGCUGGCAGUGAGAUGUGCCUGCAGCAGCCGGUGGAGAGGAGACUGUGAGCGCCCGGUGGGCCCCGUGCGCAGCCCCCCCAGUGCACAGCCCCCUGGCCCUGUUCCCUGCCCCAGGGAGCCCUCAGACUCUGCUGGGUGCUCUGCCCAGGACUGAGCAUGGACUUGGCUGAGGACAGGGCCUGUCUCCCUUCACCCCAUGAGACUGGUGGCCAUGGGGGGCUCAGGCUGUGAGUGUCUGUGGGAUGGGGGCUGCUAUUGCACAGCCCCUGCCCCUCCACAGCCCCUUUGCACAGCAGCUCAGCUCCCACCAAAACCCAGCCCUGCUGCUGUGCUACGGCCACUCCGGUGCUCUCCAGCACGGGCUUGGGUCUGGCAGGUCUGAGCCCCCCUGAGCUGGAGGCAGCCUGGCCUUGUCUCUGGCCCCUGGGCCGAGGAAGGGGGCCCAUGGGGGGCUCAGCUCUCCCAAGCACGAGGCCCAGCUGGCCCCACAGCGACUGUACCGGAUCACUUUACGUGUUAACUCUGUGCCUUGACCCCGCAGGUCCCACACACUUAUGCAAGGGCAGGGGCUGGGGACAGAGUCCUCCCCCCCCCCCGCACCCAUCCGCCCUCCGUGCCGUGCUCAUGGUCCAGGACUUGUGCCACGACAUCCCCUCCCUGCACGGGCGGCUCUGGCAGCCCCGGGGGGUGGUGGGAAGACCCCCCUGCAUGCACAGCCUAACUCUCCCCCAAGCCAAAGCGCGGCCCUGCCCCCCUCGCAGUCCCGGGGCCCCCUGGCCCCAUUAUACCAAAGGAACUGGUGGUUGUAUAUUAAAGUUGGUAUUUCUCUAG